GGGAGGUUGGCAGACGGGGGUGACUCGUGAGUUUUGAUUGAGGCGGGUUUACUUUCCUCUCUACAGGCUGACAAACGCACGUCAAAACGUGGUCAUGUUGCAGCGGUGCAUUUUGAAGAAAUGUCUCCAGCAGUUUUUUUUCGGGAAUCAAGAAACUACUAAAAGUCUGCUAUCAGCUGGGUUUCGGACUGCGCUUCUGGGUGGACACCGAUUUGCUGGGCACAGGAGCAAAUCAAGUGUUCCAGAUGUAAGGGAGCGGACUCUUAUUGCUGUAAAGCCAGAUGGAGUUCAACGUCGUCUUGUGGGACAAAUAAUUCAGCGGUUUGAGCAGCGGGGCUUCAAGCUGGUUGGCCUGAAAAUGUUGCAGGUGUCUGAUGAUCUCCUGUCUCAGCACUACUGUGAACUGAGGACUAAGCCCUUCUAUCCAAGCCUGCUGCAUUACAUGACCUCAGGGCCUGUUGUUGCCAUGGUGUGGGAAGGGCACAAAGUUGUCCAGACGUCACGUACGAUGGUGGGACAUACUAACCCAGUGGAGGCCCAGGCAGGCACAGUCAGAGGAGAUUUCAGCUUUCAUGUCAGCAGGAAUGUAGUUCAUGCCAGUGAUUCACCAGAGGGGGCACAGAGGGAGAUCCAGCUGUGGUUUCAGAGAACGGAGCUCCUGAACUGGGACUGCUGUGACCAGACCAUGACCUGUGAAGUGUGAAGACUCUGAGAGCCGGAAACAGUGAGAAUCAGUAGCCUAAUACUACCUCUUCUCUUGCGGCUCAGAGGUCUGUUUCUUGUGACCACAGGGAUUAAAAAAGAUGAGUCAUAUUCAGUUUUCCUACCAAAUAAUUUACCUCAGUAAGUGCACUUAUGGUCACAAAGAUUGUUGUUGAAACAAAUGUGACAUUUAAUUAUAAAUCAAGCUAUAUUAGCAACUACACACUUACUUUUAUAGCUAUACAAGUAAAAGUUUGAAUUUGCCCUUAAAGUGAAAUGUGUGUAGUAAUCAUUUGUCAUUCUGACCCUUGCAGCAGAUAAAUACAGUAUUUCAAUAAUAUGUGUGAAACAUUGAGGUGUAAUGUGGAGCCGUGGUGGAUUCAUUUAAUUAAACAUGAAUGACGGAUGCAGAAAUAGUUGUUAGUGGCUCAGUACCUGAUUCACAGCUUAAAUGUAUUGCAUGUGGCUAACAAUCAAUCUAAAUAGCUAGUGGUCUGGACAGUCUAAACUGCUAUGAAGUUACAAUUUACUAUAUGUCUAAAUCAAAUUUUAUUACCAAAAGGUAAUCUUACAAAGUAAGAUCUAAUUUGAUUUAAAAAGAACUGACUUUCACCCCACGUAGCUGCUCUGUCCUAUAAUGAUCAGCUCCAGCUGGCUAAUAGAUUCACAAAUAAUUGUGUUAAUAUUAUAACUUUUUUCAUCUCAGAGAGAAAAAAUCUUUAAGUGGCGGAAAUCCCCUUUUUGGCAAUAUUA